AUGCAAUAUCUGACACCGGUCACUUGGUCGGUGGUCCCCAAACGGUGGUUAACGGUUCAUCGUUCCGACUUUGAGUCGCUCGAUAACCCCAUGGGCAGUUACCUCGGCAAGCAAAGGCACGUGCUUGAUUGCAGAACCCUAGCUCACGCAUGGCAAAGGGAUGCGGCAGCGACGUCUCCGCACACGGUAGCUUCCACGUCAGCCGAGCUGUACUGCAGAGACCCCAUUCCUCGGGACAUACAAGCCAUCACCUCUGGACCCGCCGUACAUGUCGGCGCCGCUGUGGCGCAUAGACUGCGCCACAAGGACACAGGCACUGUCCGACGCGCCGUCCUAGGUUCUCUCAGGCGCGAGGCGAUGCCGUCUACCAGCCGGACCGGCGCCAUGUCGCGCAUCAGAGGAGCAGGACGGAACGGGGUCGCUGUCGGCGCAGCUACAGCCACUACUUCCGACCCAACUAUGGAGGCCGCCAAUGGCGGUGGCAACAGCCAGUCUGUCGGCCGCUGAGUCCGCGGGAGAGACCGUGGCGGCUGCCAGCACCCCAGCGCCGAUGCCGUCUGCACACCCGCAGCAGCUGUCGCCACCGCCGACG